UUGACAAUCGCUUCCUCUUCUUUAUAAAGCUACACCCCCCUCCCUAUCGACGAGUGGCUACAUUCCAGCAGGAGGAUAAAAAUGGCGACAGUUGGAGGAAUUAGCGAAGUUAAUGAGGGGAAGCAGAACAGCCUGGAGAUUGACAGUCUGGCUCGUUUUGCUGUUGAUGAGCACAACAAGAAACAGAAUACACUUCUGGAGUUUGGGAAGGUGCUGAAUGCGAAACAGCAGGUGGUUUCUGGGACUGUGUACUAUAUAACACUGGAGGUAACAGAUGGCGGAAGGAAGAAAGUUUAUGAAGCCAAGAUUUGGGAGAAGCCAUGGCUGAACUUCAAGGAGUUGCAGGAGUUCAAGCUCAUCGAUGAUGCCCCUUCAGGCUCUAGUGCUUAGCUAGGUGACUGAAAGAUCAGAUGCAUCUUGCUUUGCUUCAAGUUGAAUUAGAAGUAAAUAUGAGCAUUGAAGGCAUGUUCCUAUGAAAUAAAUGUAAAUAAAUCGUAUCCUGAUCAGAUUCUAAGCCUUCUAUAUGUAAUUCAGGAUCUGGUGGAUUCAUCUUUCUUUGUGACAGUAUUAUUAACUCUUUGAAUACAUUUUAUGAUUUUAGUAUUUGUGCAUGAA